AUGGCAGCUGUUGUUCACGAAGGUGGUAUCAAACCAUUCUUAGAACAACGUAUACAAGAUACAGAGAUUCAAAUCAAUGCGAAGACUUUAAAUUUACGUCGUCUUGAGGCUCAAAGAAAUUCUUUGAACGCAAAAGUUAGGUUACUAAAAGAUGAGUUAAAAUUGCUUCAAGAACCUGGCUCUUAUGUCGGUGAAGUUGUUAAAGCAUUAAGUAAAAAGAAAAUCUUGGUAAAGAUCCAUCCAGAAGGUAAAUAUAUUGUUAAUUUAUCUCCAGAAAUCGAUAUUAAAGAUAUCAAACCAUCUUUAAGAGUUUGUUUAAAAUCAGAUUCAUACACUUUGCAUAAAAUCUUACCAAAUAAAGUUGAUCCAUUAGUUAGUUUGAUGAUGGUUGAAAAAGUUCCAGAUUCAACUUAUGAUAUGGUUGGUGGUUUAACUAAACAAAUCAAAGAAAUUAAAGAAGUUAUCGAAUUACCUGUUAAACAUCCAGAAUUGUUUGAAAGUUUAGGUAUAGCACAACCAAAAGGUGUUAUCUUAUAUGGACCACCAGGUACAGGUAAAACAUUGUUAGCAAGAGCCGUUGCUCAUCAUACCGAAUGUAAAUUUAUAAGAGUUUCAGGUUCUGAACUAGUUCAAAAAUAUAUUGGUGAAGGUUCAAGAAUGGUUAGGGAGCUAUUCGUUAUGGCUAGAGAACAUGCUCCUUCAAUUAUAUUUAUGGAUGAAAUUGAUUCCAUAGGUAGUUCAAGAGUUGAAGGUUCAAGUGGUGGUGAUUCAGAAGUUCAAAGAACAAUGUUGGAAUUAUUAAACCAAUUGGAUGGUUUUGAGAAUUCAAAAGACAUCAAAAUCAUUAUGGCAACAAACAGAUUGGAUAUUUUGGAUCCUGCUUUAUUAAGACCAGGAAGAAUUGAUAGAAAAAUUGAAUUCCCACCUCCAACAGUUGCUGCUAGAGCAGAAAUUCUUAGAAUUCAUUCAAGAGCUAUGAAUUUAACUAGAGGUAUUAAUUUGAGAAAAAUUGCUGAAAAAAUGAAUGGUUGUUCAGGUGCGGAUGUUAAAGGUGUUUGUACCGAAGCUGGUAUGUAUGCGUUAAGAGAAAGAAGAAUUCAUGUCACUCAAGAAGAUUUUGAAUUAGCUGUUGCUAAAGUUCUCAAUAAAAACGAUGAAGCUCAAGUUUCUUUGGCAAAAUUAUAUAAAUGA